GAAUUGGGACGGCGAUGACAUAACCACUGACUCAGCUGGGCGCCUCAUCGGCGAUACGGCGCCUUGUCUCCGAUGCAUUUCACAAAUGUCCAAAAAAUUUCCAGCCUGCGCUUUCACAGUUGAACUUUCCAGUAAACAGCCAGCCAACCCCACCAUGGCCGACUCAAAGAAGCGGAAGGCCGUGACCAAGGACGUUGAGGAGGAUGCGGCCGUUGUGUCUGGAGAUGAGUUCGAAUUUGGCCAGUUGGACGGUACACUUUCUGGCGACGAAUCCGAGAGCGACAGUGACGGAGAGCACCCAUCCAGCGGCGCCGAGGAUGACAGCGAUGCCGUGUCGGUCGACAGCGACGAGUUGCGCUCGGAUGCCAAAGACGACGGUGACUUCUUGACUCCCAAGAAGAAAGUCCAGUCAGGCGGUGUGGACAUUACCAUCUCCGACAAUGCAGCUUCGAAGAAUGAUCCGGACGCAGAAAUCUCCGAAGAGGAAAAGCCAAAUUACAGGAUCGUCAAAGAUGCCAACGGUAACGACAGAUAUGUAUACGACGAAAUUGACCCUGGCGACGACUCCGACUAUUCUGUUCCUGAUGAAGAGGCAAAUACAAUUGGGAAUAUACCGUUGUCCUUCUACGACUCGUAUCCUCAUAUUGGAUACAAUAUCAAUGGAAAGAAGAUCAUGAGACCUGCAAGGGGAGAGGCACUGGAUGCACUUCUGGAUAGUAUUGAAAUUCCCAAAGGAUGGACUGGCUUGACAGAUCCGUCCACCGGCAAGCCUUUGCAGCUCAGUAAAGAGGAGCUGGAACUUUUGAAAAAGGUGCAGAUGAAUGAAGUUGCAGCUGAUGGCUACGAUCCAUACGAACCCACAGUGGAAUGGUUUACUAGCAAGACGGAGACCAUGCCACUCAACUCAGCACCGGAACCUAAGCGGCGGUUUGUGCCGUCCAAGCAUGAGGCCAAACGCGUGAUGAAAAUUGUUCAAGCCAUCCGCGAAGGGCGUAUUCUGCCCUACAAGCCUCCCAAGGAAGACGAAGACGAGGAGGAUGAAGUUCCCAAGUAUGACAUUUGGGCGGACGAAAAGCCCCGGCCGGAGCACGCCAUGCAUAUGCCAGCUCCUAAACUACCACCUCCCGGAUUUGAUGAAAGUUAUCACCCUCCACCUGAGUAUCUUCCCGAUAAAAAGGAGAAAGAGGAAUGGGAGAAGAUGGACGAAGAGGACCGGGAAAAGGAAUACCUUCCUACAGAUUACGCCUCCCUACGAAAAGUCCCCGGAUAUGGACGGUUUAUCAAGGAAAAAUUCGAACGUUGCCUGGACCUGUACCUUGCUCCGCGUGUGCGUCGAACAAAACUCAACAUCGAUCCCGAAUCAUUGUUACCGAAGCUACCUAACCCUGAUGAGCUCCGGCCCUUCCCCACCCAUGAAGCUGGUCGAUUCCAUGGCCACAAAGGCCGAGUACGAUCAUUGGCGAUUGAUCCUACUGGACAAUAUCUGGCCAGUGGUGGUGAUGACGGCACUAUACGGGUCUGGACACUGAUACCCCAACGAGAGGUCUGGUCGGUUUCUGUCGGUGCCGAGACUGCGGUCAACGUUGUCCGGUGGCGACCUGGCAAAGAAGUCCCCAUUCUUGCUGCUUGCGCCGGAGACGACAUAUUCCUAUGUGUUCCACGUUUGGGAACGGAUAAUGGCCCGGAGGUAGAAGCUGCCCAGUCUUUGCUUGAUGCAGGAUGGGGUUAUGCUGCGUCCGAGAAUAGCACUUCAAAGUCGUCCUCGAUCAAAUGGAGCCGUCCUUCAUCAGGUCAACGGGAGCAGGGAGUCGCCAUCAUUAUUCAUCUGGGAUAUACGGCCAAAACCUUGUCAUUCCACUCGAGUGGGAAUCACUUUGUUACCAUUUGCCCCGCCACCACUGUCCCCGCUUCGCAGGCGAUUGCCAUCCAUACGAUCUCCAAGCAUCAAACCCAGUUACCGUUCCGCAAACGACUUAAGGGCGGAGGCACUCCCCAAGUUGCUCACUUUCACCCCAGCAGGCCCAUCCUGUUUGUGGCCAAUCAGCGGGUCAUUCGAGCCUAUGACUUGUCUAAACAGUCAUUGCUGAAAAUCAUCCAACCCGGUGCCAGAUGGAUCAGCAGCUUUGAUGUUCAUCCGACCAGUUCGUCGACGGCAGGAUCGGACAAUCUGAUUGUGGGAUCCUAUGACCGAAGACUGUUGUGGAUGGACUUGGACUUGUCUCCACGUCCAUACAAGACACUCCGCUUCCAUGAGAAGGCAAUUCGUUCCGUGCGGUUUCAUCCGGCUACAAAUAGGUACCCGCUGUUUGCUGAUGGUAGCGACGACGGGAGCAUUCAGGUCUUCCACGGGCAAGUGACGAGCGACAUGAUGAGUAAUGCACAAAUUGUGCCAUUGAAAGUUCUGCGCGGACACAAGGUGACCGGGGGAUUAGGGGUGAUGGACCUUGACUGGCACCCCCAACAUCCAUGGCUGGUGAGUGCCGGUGGGGAUGGUACAUGCCGGUUAUGGGUGUCUUGAAAAGUUGUAGCCUAAAAGCUUGAAUAUAUCUGCUCGUAAUAGUGCCCAAUUCUGCGUCGAA